AUGACCGAAAAGGAAGAAAAUGGACAGUGCCAACUUCCAAAGGAAAGUGGUAAUGGUGAAAAUGGGGAUAGUCAUAGCUUCAACAGGUAUGCUUGUGCUUGUGUGUUGGCUUCCACUAUUAUCUCUGGUACAUUUGGUUAUGAAACGGGAGUGAUGGCUGGAGCAGUAUUGUUCAUAAAGGAAGAACUCGUGAUCAGUGACAUACAAGUGGAGCUUUUGGUAGGAAUAUUGAAUGUGUUUGCACUACCAGGAUGCAUGGUUGCAGGAAGAACAUCUGAUUAUCUUGGUCGUCGUUACACCAUAAUUCUUGCUUCUGUAAUCUUCUUAUCGGGCUCCAUUCUAAUGGGUUAUGGUCCGUCUUAUUUAAUUUUAAUAAUCGGAAGAAGCAUUGUUGGAUUUGGCGUGGGUUUUGCAUCCAUGAUAGCACCACUUUACAGUGCAGAGAUUUCAUCCCCUUCCUACAGAGGCUUUCUCACUGCUCUCCCAGAUGUUUCCUUGAACUUCGGACUCUUGUUUGGCUAUGUCUCGAACUACUUCCUUGGAAAGUUGACCUUGAAACUCGGAUGGAGAACCAUGUUGGCUCUUCCUGCGAUUCCGUCACUUGUUCUUGUCAUUCUAAUGUUGAAAUUGGCAGAGUCUCCGAGGUGGUUGGUCAUGCAAGGACGUGUAGGAGAGGCGAGGAAAGUGCUUUUGCUGGUUUCUAAUACAAAGGAAGAAGCCGAACAACGCUUGAAGGAAAUAAAAAAAGCAGCUGGGAUGGAUGAAAAGUGCAGCAAAGACAUUGUGGAGAUUCCAAAGAAAAGUCGCAGCGGUGCAGGAGCUCUUAAGGAGCUGUUUUGGAAACCUUCGGCAGCUGUGCGUAGGAUACUAAUUUCAGCUAUUGGAGUUCAUGUGUUCCAACAAAUAUGUGGAGUGGAGGGUAUUUUGCUAUACAGUCCAAGGGUGUUUGAGAGAGCAGGAAUGAUAGGGAAGAGCAAUCUCCUUCUAGCUACAGUUGGCAUGGGAAUUAGCCAAGCUUUGUUUACAUUCCUAUCAGCUUUCUUGUUGGACAGAGUUGGGAGGAGGAUUCUACUGUUGAUCAGUGGAGGAGGUACGAUUGUGACGCUGUUAGGUUUGGGUGUUUGCAUGGCCAUUGUGGAGCAUUCAAAAGAAAAGCAAUUAUGGGCAGUGAGUUAUAUCAUUGUGUUUAUCUACAUCUUUGUAGCUUUUGUGGGUAUUGGUAUUGGACCUGUAACAUGGGUUUAUAGUUCUGAGAUUUUCCCGCUGAGGUUAAGAGCACAAGGUCUUGGUGUCUGUGUGACAGUGAAUAGAAUUUCAAAUGUUCUAGUGGUUACAAGUUUCAUUUCAGUUUAUAAAAAGAUAACAAUGAGUGGGAGUUUGUUUAUGUACACUGGUAUCACUGCUUUGGCUUGUUGGUUCUACUUUACAUUACCUGAAACAAAAGGAAGAUCAUUAGAAGAUAUGGAGACAAUCUUUCAGAAAAAUUCAAAAAUCGGAGAUACAGAGUUAACGGGUCAUCUUCUCCUCUCCACCACUCACGGCUCCGACCAAACUCCAUCGAACCCAAACGCCACCGUGCCAGUCGCCGCAAACCACCGUUCCAUUCUCUCCACUCCGGCCAACGGCGUCUCCGGCGACAGUAAACGCCACCGGAACCACGGCCGCCUACAGCGUCAGGUUCUUCCCUCAAUCUUUUCUUUGCGCGCAAAAAGGGAAACCCUUUCACCUUCCGAUUCGCCCUCGUUGCUACCGUCAACAACUUCGCAGGAGAUGGAAAACGUCACCGGGACUGUGGCUGGCCGCGACGUGGUGUUCCCUCUCCCAGUUCGUCCUCACACGCGAGAGGGAAAUGUUCCUCCAAUUGAUCAACCUGCUCGCGCCAUUGAGAGAGGAUUCGCGUUAAGAUUCUUCCAGGUUUUGACAGUGGAGGUACUGGACCGAAUGGAGGGGAUAAUUGUGCGUGAUGUUGUUGCGCCACUGAAACGACGUAUCUGCGAGCUGAUGAACGCGUUACACCCUCGCCGAAAACUCUCUGAGCCUCACCGAAUCUCCAUCGCAGCACCUACCGCCAAAUUUGAAUUGAUCCUUUGGUUAUGGCUUCAAUUGUUGUAA